AUGCAUAGAGUGGUCAGCGCCCUGCCACCCUCUCCUCCCCUCCCUUCCCCUAUCCCUCCGCUUUGUCAACACCUCUCUCCUCUUACCGAACCGCCUCUUUCGUCUCCCUCCGCUGCCCCAUCGUUUUCUCCUUACCGUUUUCCUCCUUCGUUCCUCUUUCCCCCUGCCCCCCCUUCCUCCCUCUCCGACUCGCACGGCGCACGAGCUGCGCAAGAGCGCGCCAAGCAGGUUGGGCGAGGGGCGGCUUCUGCGCUUGGGGGAAGAGCAGCUGCGCGGAGUGCGUGCGGGGCAGGGGGAUGCGCGGGAGGUGAGGGCGUGCGGGCGGGGGUCAGCUGGCAGCCAUGCAGCAGCGCGCGCGGUGACGCGGACCCGCCGCUUCUCCGCCUCGCACUGCGCCACUUUACCUCCGCGCGCCCCGCCGCAGCCUACCCCAGCGCCUUCGGCGGAAGCAGCGCCAGCACGGGCGGCUGGGGGCGGGUGGCAGCGGCGCGGAGGGCGGGGGCGGGGGAGCGGGAGCAGGUGGCGUGGCUGGCGGAGAUGGCGCGGCACAACCCUGAGGAGGCGAUCCGCGCGUUUGAGGCGAGCGCGCAGCUGCAGGCCGUGCCAGGCGCGCUGGCGGAGUACGUGCGCGCGCUGGUGGCUGUUGACCGCCUUGAUGGCAGCGCACUGCUCGCCACGCUGCAACGAGGCGCUGCGCGAUCCGCCUCCCCCUUCCCCGCCUCCUCCGCGCCCCUGUCGUCCAUGCGCGCGCCUCUCCCGGGGGUGGUGGGCGCGGUGGCGGUGGAGGGCGCGCUGGGGACGGCGAGCGCGCCGCUGCACAUGGUGGCGAGCGAGGGCGCGCGCGGACACGCGUGGCGCGCGCUCAGGUCGCUGGGCACUGCCGCCCUCGUGCUCGGCGCGCUCUGGGCCAUCGCCCGCGAGCGCGAUGUGGGACGCGGGUUGGGGUUGAACGAGGAGGUGCAGCCGGCAGCGGAGAGUGACACGCGGUUCAGCGAUGUGAAGGGCGUGGAUGAGGCCAAGGCGGAGCUCGAGGAGAUCGUGCACUACCUGCGCGACCCCAAGCGGUUUACGCGCCUGGGAGGAAAGCUACCCAAGGGAGUGCUGCUGGUGGGCCCACCAGGAACAGGCAAGACGAUGCUGGCGCGCGCCAUAGCGGGCGAGGCGGGCGUGCCCUUCUUCUACGCGUCGGGCUCCGAGUUCGAGGAGAUGUUUGUCGGCGUGGGCGCGCGCCGCGUGCGCGAGCUCUUCGCGGCCGCCAAGAAAGCCGCGCCCUGCAUCGUGUUUCUCGACGAAAUCGACGCCAUAGGCGGCAGUCGCAACCCCAAGGACCAGCAGUACAUGAAGAUGACGCUCAAUCAGCUGCUCGUGGAGCUCGAUGGGUUUAAGCAGAACCAGGGGGUGAUUGUGGUGGCCGCUACCAACUUCCCGGAGAGCCUUGACAAGGCGCUCGUGCGCCCGGGCCGGUUUGACCGCCAUGUGGUCGUGCCGAACCCUGAUGUGGAGGGGCGGCGGCAGAUUCUGGAGCACCACUUGCGCAAGAUCCCCCGAGCAGAGGACGUGGACGUGUCAGUAAUUGCGCGCGGCACGCCGGGCUUCAGCGGAGCAGACCUGGCGAAUCUCGUGAACGUGGCGGCGCUACGGGCAGCCAUGGAGGGGCAGCGCGCGGUGGCCCUAGCGCACCUGGAGCACGCCAAGGACCGCAUCCUCAUGGGCGCCGAACGCAAGUCCGCCGUCAUCUCCCCGCAGACGCGGCGCCUGACGGCGUACCACGAGGGCGGGCACGCGCUGGUGGCCGUGCACACCGCCGGCGCGCACCCCGUGCACAAGGCCACCAUCGUGCCGCGCGGCGUGGCGCUGGGCAUGGUGGCACAGCUGCCGGAGACCGACGAGGUGAGCGUGUCGCGCACGCAGAUGCUGGCCCGGCUGGACGUGUGCAUGGGGGGGCGCGUGGCUGAAGAGCUGGUGUUCGGCCCGGGGGAGGUGACGUCUGGUGCGUCGAGUGAUAUUGUCCAGGCGACGCGGCUGGCGAGGGAGAUGGUGACAAAGUAUGGGAUGAGCGAGGCGGUGGGGGUGGUGGCGCAUGAUUAUGAGGACGACGGGCGGUCUAUGAGCACGGAGACUCGGCUGACCAUCGAGAGGGAGGUGCGUGCGCUGCUGCAGCGCGCGCAUGACAACGCGCGCGCAAUUCUGGUGAAACACGAGGCGGAGCUGCAUGCACUUGCGGGGGCCUUGCUGGAGAGGGAGACGCUCACAGGCGCACAGGUGAAGGCUGUACUGGAAGCUGUCAGGAACAAGGCCGUUGCUGCCCCGUACCUCGUUGAUCUAUUAGCCACCUUCCAUUCGCCCAUUCGCCGCCAUUCCGGUGUGCCCACCGCCCAUCCUUCCUUCCACGGACCAUCCCACUCGGCGGCAUCGCGCGCAGCCCCUUUCUCCUCGCGUCCCCUUCCCCGCCCUCUCCGCCAUGCGAUGACCCGUCCCCACUCCGCCGACGCCUCCAAUCACUCCGCUCCCCCGUCCGCCCGUCGCUCCGCCUACCGCCUCGCCUCGCGCAUCCUCUCCCUCCCCUCUCGACUCGCCCACGCCGUCACACGACCCCCUAAUGGCGCCGGCAAUCUAGCCGGCAGCCGCUCCAACCGCCACCGCAACCGGUCGUCCUCGUCGUUCCUCUCGUCCGCUUUCCCCAUCUCCUUCCCCCGCGCCCGGCGCCCCACCAGCGGCUAUGCCUCCGCGGAAUCGUCGUGGCGCGGGGACGGCUGGCCGGCGGCGGACGGCACGGCGCGCAGCGACCACGUGGGGACGAUCACGGGGAAGCGGUACAGCGCGGUGAAGCUGGAACAGCUGUACGAGCUGGGCGGGUUCAUUGGGCGCGGGCAGAGCGGCGUGAUCAGCGCGUGCUCGCACCGCCACACGGGCGAACGGCUGGCCGUCAAAAGCAUCCUCAAAAAGACCAUCCACUCGGAAGGCACCGCCAGGGACGUGCAGCGCGAGGUGCAGGUGCUGGGCAUGUUGCGCGGGCAUGCGAACGUGGUGCGAAUGGAGGGCGUGUUUGAGGACCAGACGGCCGUGCACAUCGUCAUGGAGCUGUGUCAAGGGGGCUCGCUCACCCACCACAUCGCCCACCAGGGCGAGUACAGCGAGCGGGCAGCAGCAGCGAUAAUGCGCGUGGUGUUGGAGGUGGUGAGGGCGUGCCAUGCGCUGGGCAUAGUGCACCGGGACGUGAAGCUCGGCAACUUCCUGCUCUCCGACCAGUCAGACCACGCCACGCUCAAGGCCAUUGACUUCGGCUCCGCCGCCUUCUGCCAACCAGGAGAGGAGCUAGAGGCGAUGGCAGGGAGUCCCAUGUACAUGGCGCCGGAGGUGCUGGGGGAGCGGUACUCGCACGCGUGUGAUGUGUGGAGCGCCGGCAUCAUGCUGCACACGCUGCUCGCCGGCACGCCGCCCUUCCAAGGAGACUCAGUGCUGGCGAUAUUUGAGGCGAUCCGCACAGCGCCAUUGGACCUGUCGGUGCAUCCGUGGCCGCUCAUCUCACCGGGCGCCAAGGCGCUGCUCUCCCGCAUGCUCGACCGCGACCCCUCCAAGCGCCCCACUGCACAGCAGCUGCUGGGCGACCCAUGGAUAUGCGGGCAGGAGGUGGUGGAGCGGCCGUUGGAGAGCAUCAUGCUGCCGCGCAUGAAGCGCCUCAGCGCCAUGUCCAAACUGCGCCACCUCGCCCUUCUGGUGACGACGCGGCACAUGCCAGAGGAGCAGGAGAGGGAGCUGAGGGCGGUGUUCAGUGCGGUGGGGGCGGACCAGGGGGGCGCGCUGAGCCUGGCGGACCUCACAGCCGCUCUGCGCAGCGUGGGGGCGGCUCUCAGCGACGAUGACAUCCGCCGCAUCUUUGCCUUCGUGGACAUGGACGGCAGUGGCAGCAUCGAGUACGCGGAGUUUGUCGCCGCCACCACCGUGCUGCACCGCGACCGCCAUGCCGCCGCCAUCCAAGAGGCCUUUCAGGAGAUGGAUGCGGAUGGGUCGGGAGCGGUGAGCGUGGAGGAGUUUGCGGCGGUGUGCUGCCGGCUGGGCAUGGGCUCCCUGGACGAGAUGCGCGACAUCAUUGCCACCGCCACUGCCGCUGAAUACGGCAACGGGGCGGGAUCGCUCCAAGCAGAGGGUGCAACGGGCGCAGAGGGAGCAGAGGGAGCAGAGGGCGCAGAAGGCAGGGGGGCGGGGGGGGCGAAGCAGAUAGAGUACAAGGACUUUCUCGCACUCGUCACGGGGUCAGAUCAAGAGGACCACCGCGUUGAGUCCUGGCUCGCUGCCGCCCUGCUCUGA